GUCUUUCUUGUUCUCUUGUCGUCUUGAGAACCACAAAUCCAUAAACAUCUUCGCUGCCCUCACCUGCCCAACCCUCCUUGGCUCCCGUGGGGUGCACUCCCCUGAGGAAUGUGAGGUCUGGGUAAGGGUCUUGGAGGUGUACCUCUCCACCCGCCAGUCGGCUCAAAUCCGUAUGGUCGCCAAGGAUGGGCAGGGAAGUCCGAUGAUGUUGAGUUGCAAGGCGUCUGAUGAGGGCGGAGGGAUCGUGGCGAAUCGCCUAAUUGGUGCGCUGCCGUCUUCCCGAAUUGCGGGAAGAAGUUUCUGCGUCCAACGGCCGGAUGGACCGAGCCUUUCUGCCUAAGGUUUUGAUAUUCUGCAUGGGUGGCAGAAUGCAAGAAGGCCGUGUGAUUUUGCAGUUGGAGGGGUGGUCUCACGCCUUGAAGAUCACCUCCGCAGAAUUGCGGCGCCAGUCGUGUUACGUGAACACGAGGCACGAGGCGUUGGGGCAACGGAGGCCAGCAGUCAGACGAGAAAUUCCUCCUUCCGGCGGCUUUGCAGGAGCACGUGGUGGACCCGGAUUAGUUAAUGGUCGACUUCCGGUACCACCGAGAGACGUUCAAGAGCGGGUCAGAGAUGCUCGACAAGGACGGGCCAAUUGCCACGAUAACAGCGCCCCAGUCGUACCCCCCGUAGGGGCGAGUCUCUCCUCCGCUUUGGUAAUCGAUGCAUCGCUAGAUGGGCGGGGGAGCGAUGCUUUUUCUGGAGAACGGCGGAAUCAGAGUCCCCAGUGA